AUGUCCUCGAAGGUGAAAGUGUCCGCGAGUCGCUUCAACCACCUGGAGAUGCUCUUGGGCCUGGAGGCUACGCCUUUCAAGUCCAAGAAGGCACCGACCGGAACAGCCAUGAGCCGUGCAACGAGCUCUCUAGCAGGCAAAGGCGGCUGCGCAGAACAGGGCCCAGAUGAAAGCAUCGCAGUCCCUGAGCAGCUGGCAGCCGCUGCUGUUGCAGCGAUUGGAGGCAGCGGCGCAGAACAGGGCCCAGAUGACAGCAUCGCGGUCCCUGAGCAGCUUGCAGCCGCUGCUGUUGCAGCGAUUGGAGGCAGCGGCGCAGAACAGGACCCAGAUGACAGCAGUGACAGCAUCGCGGCCACGAGCUCGGAACGAGCAGGGCUGCGUUGA